CUUAGCUAUCAGUUAAGCACAAGGCGCAAUGCUCAAGUACACGAUAAUCGUUUUAGCAAUUUUUGGUAUGUCCUUAAUAAAGGCUUUACCGGAAGAAAUGCGAGAACUCACGGGAAAGCUACACUCCAUAUGCGUGACGAAAACCGGAGUUUCAGAAGAUCUCAUUACAGACGCCAUAAAUGGUGACUUUUCAGCGGAUGAGAAGUUUAAGUGUUACCUAAAGUGUAUCAUGGCUGAAGCGGGUUGUUUCUCCGAAGAUGGUCUGAUGGACGUAGAAAGAAGCAUAGGAGUAUUUUCAGAAAAUAUCAGGGCCAAAGUUGAAGUAGUUAUUCGAAAAUGUGCGAAAGAGAAUACUUCUUAUAACGGCUGUGAAGCUGCUUGGAUUCUUCAUAAAUGUUGUUACGAAGCCGACCCUUCAAUUGGUUUUGUGUUCUAAAACUCUAUUGUUACUAUUAAAUCAAUCCAUUAUUAGAUAGUUAAUACAGGUUACGUAUUGCAGAUGCA